AUGCAGGUUAUACGGAUGUCCAGUUUCUUCAGCGUCCACGGUGGCUACGGAGGCCCCGCCACUACCACAUUGCUCCCCGAGUCGAGACCACUGGAAAUGGAAGGCGGCCGAUCCCACCACGUCGCCCUGCAGUGGAGGUUUUCUCAAGUCACGUGCAAGGGCAACGGGACCAUCAACCAUCGACAUCAAGGCAACCACCUCGACAAGUUGCCCAACAUGUCGCUCGUCUCAGGGGAGAAGACGAACUUCCAGUUCAUUCUCCGACUUUUGAACACCAACGUUCGCGGUCAGGAGAAGGUCAUGUACGCGCUCACCAAGAUUUCUGGUGUUGGCCGUCGUUACUCCAACAUUGUGUGCAAGAAGGCCGAUGUCGACCUGAACAAGCGCGCCGGUGAGCUCACCUCUGAGGAGCUUGAGCGUAUCGUCACCAUCAUCCAGAACCCCACCCAGUACAAGAUUCCCGGCUGGUUCCUCAACAGGCAGCGCGACAUUGUCGACGGCAAGGACUCCCAGAUCCUCGCCAACGGUGUCCACUCCAAGCUCCGUGACGAUCUUGAGCGCCUCAAGAAGAUCCGCGCCCACCGUGGUCUCCGUCACUACUGGGGCCUCCGUGUCCGCGGUCAGCACACCAAGACCACUGGUCGCCGUGGCCGUACCGUCGGUGUGUCCAAGAAGAAGGGUGGUUAA